UGCCAAUGUAGGUGUGAUUCAAAGAUGGACGUUGGUGGCGGAGGAGGGUUGAUUAUCAAUAAUAAACAGAGAGCAAUGUUACCCACCAAAAGCAGAGGCGAAUUCAUCCGCAACCAGAGGAAAGACUCGGAGGGGUUCUCAGAAUCUCCCGACCUGGAGUUUGAAUAUGCAGACACAGACAAAUGGGCUGCUGAGCUCUCAGAGCUGUACAGUUACACGGAGGGACCAGAGUUUCUUCUCAACAGAAAGUGCUUUGCUGAAGACUUCAGAACUCAUGUGACGGAUAAGAAGUGGGCGGAGCUGGAUGCCGCACAGCACCGGGCUCACGCCAUGAGGUUGCUGGACGGGCUGGAGGUGACGGCGCGGGAGAAGAGGCUGAAGGUGGCCCGGGCCAUCCUCUACAUGGCACAGGGCACCUUUGGGGAGUGUAGCUCGGAGGCUGAGGUGCAGCACUGGAUGAGGUACAACAUCUUCCUGCUGCUGGAGGUGGGAACCUUUUCGGCCCUGGUGGAGCUGCUCAACAUGGAGAUCGACAACAGUGCUGCCUGCAGCAGUGCGGUCAGAAAGCCAGCCAUCUCCCUGGCUGACAGCACAGACCUCAGGGUGCUGCUCAACAUCAUGUACCUCAUGGUGGAGACCAUCCAGCAGGAGGACCCGGCUGACACGCCAGAGUGGAGGGCCGCACGAGAGACCUUCAAGACUGAGCUAGGGUCUCCUCUGUACAACAACGAGCCCAUCUCCGUCAUGCUCUUCGGCAUGGUGACCAAGUUCUGCAGCGGUCACGCCCCCCACUUCCCCAUGAAGAAGGUCCUGCUGCUGCUCUGGAAGAGCAUUCUGUUCACGCUGGGCGGGUUCGAGCAGCUCCAGAACAUCAAGGUGCGGAAGCGGGAGGAGCUGGGCCUGCCCCCCCUGCCGGAGGACAGCAUCAGGGUGAUCCGCAGCAUGAGGGCGGCCUCGCCUCCGGCCUCCGCCUCCGACCUCAUUGAGCAGCAGCAGAAACGGGCCCGCCGCGAGCACAAGGCCCUGAUCAAACAGGACAACCUGGAUGCCUUCAACGAGAAGGACCCCUACAAAACCGACGACCCCCGCGAGGAUGAGGACGACAAUGACGACAAUGACAACAGCCUGGAGGCUGAGACCUUCCCCCUGGAGCGGGACGAGGUCAUGCCCCCGCCCAUCCCGCACCCCCCCUCGGAGAGGGUGUCCUUCCCCAAGGGCCUGCCAUGGGCCCCCAAAGUCAGAGAGAAGGACAUAGAAAAUUUCCUUGAAUCCAGCAGAAGCAAGUUUAUCGGUUAUACGCUUGGAAAUGACACAGAUACGGUUGUGGGCCUGCCCAGACCAAUCCAUGAAAGCAUCAAAACCCUGAAACAGCACAAGUACGUGUCCAUAGCAGAAAUUCAGAUCGCUAAGGAGGAGGAGUACCAGAAGACUCCACUGUCUGGGGGGGAAGAGGAAGUGGAGAUGUGUGCCACAGAGCUGCUGUACCAGGGUAUCCUUCCCAGCCUGCCUCAGUACAUGAUUGCUCUGUUGAAGAUCCUGCUGGCUGCUGCCCCGACCUCUAAGGCCAAGACGGACUCCAUAAACAUCCUGGCGGACGUCCUGCCCGAGGAGAUGCCGACCACUGUGCUGCAGAGCAUGAAGCUGGGGGUGGACGUGAACCGCCACAAGGAGAUCAUCGUCAAGGCCAUCUCCGCCAUCCUGCUGCUGCUACUCAAGCAUUUCAAACUCAACCAUGUCUACCAGUUUGAGUACAUGGCUCAGCACUUGGUCUUCGCCAACUGUAUCCCAUUGAUUCUCAAGUUCUUCAACCAAAACAUCAUGUCCUACAUCACAGCCAAGAACAGCAUCUCUGUGCUGGACUUCCCUUACUGUGUGGUGCAUGAGCUGCCCGAACUCACUGCUGAGAGCCUGGAGGCUGGUGACAACAACCAGUUCUGCUGGAGGAACCUUUUCUCUUGCAUCAACCUGUUGAGGAUCCUCAACAAGCUGACCAAGUGGAAGCACUCCAGGACCAUGAUGCUGGUGGUUUUCAAGUCAGCUCCCAUCCUGAAGAGGGCGCUGAAAGUCAAGCAGGCCAUGAUGCAGCUCUACGUACUGAAGCUGCUAAAGGUGCAGACCAAGUACCUGGGCCGGCAGUGGAGGAAGAGCAACAUGAAGACCAUGUCGGCCAUCUACCAGAAGGUGCGGCAUCGCCUCAAUGACGACUGGGCCUACGGCAACGCAGACCUGGAUGCUCGGCCCUGGGACUUCCAGGCGGAGGAGUGCGCCCUGCGGGCCAACAUCGAGCGCUUCAACAGCCGCCGCUACGACAAGAGCCAGAGCAACCCGGACUUCGUGCCCGUGGACAACUGCCUGCAGAGCGUCCUGGGCCAGCGCGUGGAGCUGCCCGAGGACUUCCAGAUGAACUACGACCUCUGGCUGGAACGCGAGGUCUUCUCCAAGCCCAUCUCCUGGGAGGAGCUGCUGCAGUGAGCGGGGGAGGAGGAGGAGGAGGCGGGCGGGCCCAGGCUAACCCGCGGGCUCCGCCCGCCUCUUCUCCCGCCCGCCUGUGGGCCAGCCCCCCAGCAGUCGCAUCUCCACUCGCGGGCUCACCGUCAGCGAUCGGCGGACCCGGGCCCACCCUGUACCGCUUCAUCUUCCAUCCGUGAGCCAGGGCCGCACCCACCGAGCCGCAUCCACACAGCAUUACACUCAUCCGUCUGUGAACCACGUCUCGGCAUCGUCCGCGCAGCUCUGUCCUCUUCUGUAAAAAACUAGUCCCCACCCUGCUACCGCACACUUUCACCAGGACCAGACCCCCCCCCCCCCACCAUUUCUACCUCUCCUCUCCCUUUGGACCUCGAACUGCUUCAUUCCCCAUGGACCGGUGCUCCGAACGGUGGCUGUCACAGUAAGCCCAAACCCAUGACCCUGCACUCUCCUGUCACCCUCUCUCUGUCUGGACCACAGCUGAACUGACACUACAGUCCUCUGCACCCUCCUCCUCAAGGGACCACUUAGAAUCCAGUGUUGUCUGUGCCUGUGUGUACAUUUAUCCCAGUUGGUAUCCUUUGUUUUGGUGACCAGGUCAUGGUGCUUCUUUCCGCUAGAAGCACGCUCCGUUCCCCUUUCCUCCUGAGUGCUGCUGCGUUGGUGUGAAGCCACUCAGCCUUAGAGUGAUGGAACAGGGACCAUUGGCCCCCUGUGACCCAGCAGACCUGGCCGUCCCGUGUGAUUUCAGCGCUGUUCUCCCACAAAACCUGACCAUACGCAGUCCAUGAAUUCAGAUACAAACAUGGUGGUUCAACCACCGGGGACCAUUACUAGUCUUAACACAUUUGACUUGAGUGAAAAUCAGCCUUUGCUCCGGCAGUAGCUGCUGACUGCAGAACCGCAGCGGGGCCGCUCAAUCUGAUCACAGGAGGAAAACUUCCUCCUUAAUGUUUGUUAAUGUGAAACCCCUCUACUAAAUUAGGUAGUUUGAUAUCUAAAAUUAAAGAAAAAAAAAAAACUUUGUCGUCUAGGACCAUGUUAAGAGAAAUAUUGGAGAAACCGCCUUUACUAAUUUAGGUUGCUGAGAAUUGUUUGUAGACGAUUUAUGGAAUUUUAUGACUAUGGCAAUGAUGGCACAGUUUUGCGGAGUAGACAGAUCCACAUAGGCUCAGUUGGCCAGGUGUAUGUGAAAAAUUCAUUGCGGUCCAGGUGAUCGACACUGGGGAAGCACACUAGGUGGAGAUUUUAACUCUACAUCAGGGGGUCUCAAACUCAAUUUUACCGGGAGCAAAUGUCAAACAUUACAUUCUCUGGCAGGGUCAGUGACAUCAUGGCAGUAGGAGAGAGAAAUAACUGUCACAGAUGUGAGGUGACAGAGAUGAUAUUGAUUUAGACGUUGCGGUGACAUUGAUUUAACUUGAUUUGCAAACUAUUGCAAAGUAGCCUACUUUAGGACUUAGUUAACCAUAUGAAGCUGUUAAAUAUACGGUUUUAUUAAUACAACAGUUACCCGGCCCCGUGAUGUAACAUUUUGUUAAAUUGAUGUAUUUUAUGAUUUGAUCUUUUACUUUGUAAUGUGACUUUGCAACACUGAGUGAACAUGUAGGACAGGACCACAGCAGGCUAAUUGACAUAAUGGCAGAGUAACACCUUCUGAUGCGGUCAUAGCUCUGUAGUGGAGAACUGCAGAUGCAGUCAGGGACUGUAUCAGGAUCAGUGACACAUUCACAGUGCUGAGAUCAGAUGUCGAUCGGUAAUGACUAUCGGAAGAACAAAGUGGACCGGACACAUUUUAGUUCUUGCCACGACUGAGUGGCCUGCUAGAGUCUGCGAAUAGCUCCUGGGGCUGGGUUUGGAGACCCCUUGACGAGUUUAGGGGGUGAUGUUGCCCAUCUGAAAGGAUGCUACAGAGUGGUCUUGUUUUUUUAGCUUUCAUUUUUUCACUACUGUGUAGGGUCUUCUAUUUAUGCUUUCAGAGAGAGGCCCUUCUUACAGUACAUCUCUGACCUGCUUCGGGAAAAAAAAACAUGCUGUUUGAGUAAGAGUGUAAAAAAAACAAGUGUCUUAUUUAUCAUGGCUUACGUCAGUCU